GAGUGGCUUCGCAACCUUGGCUUGGCUAAGGUAGCUUUGGCAGGGAUGCAUCCAGAAGCUCGUCAGAGGGUUCCUUAGGUUGUAUUCCAGCAUGAUGAAAAUAUUUAGGCAAGUCUAGCGUAUGCUAGAGGGCCUUUACAUUGGCUUUUUUUGUUACUAACGAUGAAGGCUCUGAGUUUUCUUGCUUGCCCUAGAAGAAUUCUGAAGAUACUGGAGACAAAAACCCGAUCACAUGCGAUGGUAUGUUCGCCAUCAAGCACAAAGUAGCAGAUGAUGAAUGUGCAAGUGGCGACCUUUAUUCAUUCUGGCUGGUGGUUUUUUUUUUUUUUUUUUAGAGCGUCCCGCACAAGGCGCAAUAAUCAGUUCGGAGGGCGACCUGUCUCAGUCUUGACUUCGGGAAUGGCUGUCGAAAAAGACGGAGGAUCCUCUCAUGUAUAUUUUCCUUGUUUCUUGCGCAGUUGACUCCUUCCACUCUGCAGCGGCGGAUGCAACGGGAGUGGCGCAUUUGACUUCACGAUGUGGGAUCGAUGCGGUCUCGUCGUUUUGUGAGUGGAGUUGUUUGGUUUGUUUUGACUCGUUCUGUGUGGGAAGUGUAGCAGUCGAUUAGAGGCCGAUGGUGAUGAUUAUCUUCCGCCAAGAUUUAUUGCAAGGCAAUGCUGUUUUAUGCAAUGUAACCAAGUCAUGGCAUCACUUGUCCACCACUCCGAGGAAUGUUGAAGGCAUUGGAAGAGCAAAUGCAAGUUGCUGAGAGUAGCAUGCAGAGAUCCACGCCACAUGCAAACCUCCUCUUGCUUGAGGGAACCAUCUGGUAUCCCUCGCUAGCCUCGCAAUGCCUCUACCGUCCCCACUUACAGACAAGUUUCUUUAUACUAUGGUGUGUACCUUGAGUUUUUGAACAGCUCAAAGUCCAGUCUCUCAAAAUACAAUAGCCACAGCACAAAGAAACAUAUUGGAAGGCCAAACAGCACCGCAGAUGAGGACGACUAUGUACUGUCAAUUGAAAUAUAGUUGGCCUAUGUCAAGAUUUUGUCAGGUUCCAUUUAUUUUCCCCAAGACUUGAAGAAACGGCAGAUAAACUUCAAACGCCGGGUAAUAGAUCUACCGACCGUACACCAUGGUCACUGCUGUCCCUAGGUAAUUCCGAAUCUGGCAGGCGGGAUAGCGGUCACGCGUGGCAAAACGCCAAAAAGUCAAGUAAAUUCAUGGAUUAGAGAUCUAGAUUGCGACAAGCUCCGAGGUCGUCAAAAAUGGGCAAACGAGACUUCAACACCGGAGAUGGCGCUGCUGUUUUUCGCAAGCGCCAGAAAGUCGUACACGAGACGCCAACGAGCGAAGAAGUCACCUCGAGCGAUCAAUUACGCAAUCUGCUGUCCUUCGACCAGGAUUUGCGCAACGCCAGGCAUGGUAAGUGACGAUGUUAUUGAAGGCACCAACAAACUAGAGCUGAUACAUACCCCUGUAGGUCUUCAGUCUUUCAAGAAUCUCCUCGAUCAAAUAGUCCACGAAGAGGGCGACCGAAGAGCCAACCUCGACAUUCUACAUCAAUACCUUGAAGCCGCCAAGCCCAGAGAUACGUCCGAAGAUGCAGUCUUUCUCAACGAUAUCAUGGAAAUGUGGUCUUUCGCCGUGCAGGUUAACAACGAUGGUGUCAUGUCUUCUGUUGCCGUUGUUCUGGCUUUGCUACUCCAGAUCCUCUCAGGCUCACUACAGCUUGUCAAGCAUGGCCUCGGUAUCUGCCAGACCCUUCUCCAAGAACAGCAAUUGAAAUCAUUGGCAAAGAAUCUGUCAGCAGAAAAGAGCAAGGGUUUUAUCAUCUCACCUACUCUCCGUCUCCUUCGAGAAGCUACAUGCCUAGAUGGGGGCGCCUAUGCGAAGCGAAUCUUUCGCGCUCGAAAUUUCACAUUGACAUCGUUUGGGCGAAAUCUUGAAAUCGGGCAUACUGGAGAUACGCAUGAAGAUGUGCGCAAAGCUUCCGUCAGAACAAAUGCUGUCCGUUUUUUCUUGAGCCUUCUCAAGUUCCUGGGUUCAGAUGGGCGUAAAGAACUUGUAUCGCAGAAGGAACUUUUGUCACAUGUGACUUAUAUGAUCAAAAGCGACCCUGCCUACCUCGUUGUGGAUAUCCUCGACUCUUUAAAGCUCUAUGUCCUCAAAGAUGACAAGAUCCCCAGAGAAGUCAAAUUCCGAUGCUUCAACACCAAGUCGUUGGUGCGCUUCUUAGCUCUGUACACAUACACCAGCGAUGGCGAGGAUGUCGAUGAGAAGUCAACGGUGAGCUACAAGGCCCACCAACUCCUCAUCUACAUCUGCACGACGCCUACUGCUGGUAUUUUAUAUCCUUCCACUGGUCUAUACCCCAAAGAGUCUGAAGAGGACCCAACGCCAAGUGGGCGUGCUAAGGCUGGUACACAGGGCGCUCUCUUCGCCGACAGAUAUAAACAAGACAUUCCUGUGUACAACUUUGUCCUUGCCGAAUUCGCUCAAAAGUUGCGCCCUUGGUCCAGUUUGAAACAUAGCGAGCUUCUGGUAGCAAUCUUCACUGCUGCCCCUGAACUUGCUGCAAAAUAUUUUCUAAGCAACCGAUCUUUCACGUUCGAACCAAAGUUAUCCAUGACAUGGAUUGGAUAUGCCGCGUUCCUUUUCAACACUAUGCAACUACCUCUCCCUCCUCGCUUCGGAGAUCGAUCGCGAUCUGCUAAGGCACCUCCUCCCACGUCCAUCCUCCUCGAUAACAUUAUUCCGCUCCCCAUCAAUCAAAAAGUUCUGAUCCGAUGUCUCUCCUCCAAAUCCAAUCUCACAUCUUUCUUUGCUACGCGCAUCCUGAUCGUGGCAAUUGAGAAGUUAGCUGAAGCUGUCAAGAUGCAUGAAGAGGUUUCGAAGGGCAUUGAUCCUGUCUGGGCAGAAGCGAGCCGUCGUUUAAUCGAUGCGUUUUGCCAACGUAUUCCGGACAUGAAGGAAAUCGUUCGGUCUUACAAGGGAAUACCAGCUGAGAACAUUCUCCAUAAGACCAUGGCCAGUCGUUUGCUACGCCUUUACUAUGAAGUUAUUCCCCAAGUUGCUCUUGCUGCCAACUUUGACGUUUCGCCUUUCUUCACAGAAGCUCUCAAGUCGCUCAACAAGGAAAGCGAGCAGCAUGAGGACGAGUCACUAAGAGUUAUGGAGCUAGAGAACUUAGUGUUAAUUGCCAGUUAUUCCCCUGGUAUGCGUUGGUUCUCAAGGAUAGACAAUCUCAUUGAUGGAGCAGGAUCGUCGCCAUACACCGCCCUCCUACGGCUGCUUUGUGAUAAGAAGCGAGAUCUUUCUUUCCACCAGCUGAAGAAGGUUCUAGGCGAGGUCGCAGUUGAGAACCAGAUGGUAACGAAGGCGUCCCUGAUGAGCCCACUAUUCGAGGCCCUCCAGACAACGCUAGCCGAGAGCAAGGCAAAGCCAAUGGAGAAAGUUUGGUCAUAUGUUGACAACUGCGUCAACCGAUGUGCCUCCUCCCCAAUCAAGUAUCUCGAUUUGUUAGAAACAUAUGCCCAGGAAGAUGGUGUAUUAUCUGGUAGUGAGACUGCUUUGGUUAACGUGACCCUGGUAGAGCAGUUGCCGUUUGCAAUGGGCUCUGCUAGCAGCGAUGAAGAAGCUGCGCUUGGCCAGUUCUUAUCUUGCUACUUCACUACUUCAUACAAAUUCAAGCCAGGAAAGCAACUCACCAAAGCUUUAUACAAACGCAUCUCAGGACAGUUUUCGUCAAGCAAGGUCAAGAUGAAAAAGCUCAAGGAGGAAAGGUCUAAUGAUACAGAUGCUGAUGAAGAUAUGCCUGAUGCCGAUACUGUUGAUGCGCAGGGUUCGAAAGAUGGCUCGACCAUUGAUGAUUCUUCAAAGCUAGAGGCUAUGCUUCAUGUACCACUCCCCGAAGACGAGGAUACCACAGCUUUGACAAAAUGGGCUGGCAAAAACGCUGAAGACCUCGUCGAAGACGGCUGGGCAGCAGCUUUGAUUCGCCUCCUCUCCUCUCCCCAUACCAACAUCCGCAAGGAAUCCCUUACCAGCAUUCUCAAGAUGGCUGCCAAGCUCAAGGAAUCUUCAUACGAAGAAAAGGAACAAGUUUGGCUCCUCUUGUGCGAACUUGCCGAGUCAUCGCAUGAUCAAGUUGACAAAGGCCCAGUCCCUUCUGCCUUCACUGCCUUCGCCAUCCACGCUCUGGAUGUCCUGAAGAAUCCACUGCACCCACUCUACCCCAAAAUCAACAGCUUCCUCACACGCAGCCCUGUCUGGUCUGCUGAAAAGCUUCCCCUCGCCCACGACAUUCUUCAUGGUGAACCCUCAGAAGAUGAUAAGUAUUACACCGAAAUCACAUGGCUUCUCACCUACCUCCUUGACAGCUUGCGCACACCCUCUGACCUUGGCAUCUUUCAUCGCAAGCGAUGGUUCGAGAAGAUACUCGCUCUCGGUGCUAACCCUUACUUACGUGUCAAUCUACGAACUCGUCUGCUACGCCUAUUGUUUCGCGCGACUUGCAUCGAAGGCGGUAGCACCACGUUGACGACUCGCUUUGGCAUCCUCAGCUGGCUGGACUCGCAACGGGCUGCAUCUGAGGGAGGUGAAGAGGCAGAUGUAAUGGUUGCACUCAUGACAAGGGUAUGGGAGACAUGUGAUCAAGAAAAGGUCAAGGUCUGGAGUAAGGGUGGCGUCGAAAAGUUACUCGCCAGGCAUAAUUCGUAAAGAUGAAUGGAUUGGAUAUACAAGCUAGACAAAUUUAUACAUACAACUGUUAAUACCCAGCAUAAGAAGACGACAAAGACUUCCACGUAUCAAGGAAACGAACAUCUCCUAUAGG